CGCGCCGCGCCGCGGGGGGAGGGCUCGGAACCGACCUUCCCUGCGGCCAGGCCAGGCCGCGGCAGCCGCUCCCCCCUGCUGGGGGCAGAGCCGGGCCCGGGGGCGGCAGCGAGACCAGAGUAGCCGGGGGAGGGGCUGGAUAGUAACCACCCGCCUCCCGUCAGUCGCUGUGGCAGAGCCGGGCUUCCCCUAUUCGGAGGGCCAGGAAUGAGCAGCUGGAGGAGGAAGUGCAACAGCAGCAGAUAAGAUUCUUUUUCAUCAAAGUAAGGAAGAACAAUGGGAGUUCAAGGACUUUGGAAACUGCUUGAAUGCUCUGGAAGACCUACAAACCCAGAAACUUUGGAAGGAAAAAUUCUUGCUGUUGAUAUUAGCAUUUGGUUGAAUCAAGCGGUAAAAGGAGCAAGGGACCGUUACGGUAACACCAUACAAAAUGCUCACCUACUCACUUUGUUCCAUCGACUCUGCAAGUUGUUAUUUUUUCGAAUCCGGCCUGUCUUCGUUUUUGAUGGGGAGGCACCACUACUAAAGAGGCAAACUUUGGCUAAACGAAGACAGAGAAAAGAAUUGGCAGUCAGGGACUCUAAGAAAACUACUGAAAAACUCUUGAAAACUUUCCUGAAAAGACAGGCUAUCAAAACGGCUUUAACAGGCAAAAGCAAUGAAGCCCUGCCCAGCAUUUCACAAGUUCGAAGAGAAGAAAUUGAUGAUAUGUAUGUAUUGUCUUCUUUACAAGAGGAAGAAAAAAAGAGUUCAGAAGACGAGGAUGAAAAAGAGUGGGAAGAGAGAAUGAGCCAAAAAAAAAUAUUGCAGGAAGAAUUCUUUGACAAUCCUCAUUCUGUAGACAUUGAAUCAGAAGACUUCAGCAGUCUGCCUCCAGAAGUGAAACAUGAAAUCCUAACAGACAUAAAGGAGUUUACAAAGCGACGAAGAACAUUAUUUGAGACAAUGCCAGAGGAGUCCAAUGACUUCUCACAAUACCAACUUAAGGGUUUGCUUAAAAAAAACAACCUCAAUCGAUACAUAGAAAAUGUGGAAAAAGAGAUGAGUCAGCAGGACUCAGGCCAUAUCCAAACCCAAUAUGAAAACGAGGGGGGCUUCAUGAAAGAAGUGGAAAGCAAGAGGGUAGUCUCUGAAGAUACUUCUCACUACAUUCUGAUAAAAGGUAUUCAAGUAAAGGAAGCCACCAGUACACACUUAGAAACUCUUUCAGUUGGGCAUUCUUCCACAGGACCUAAAUAUAAUACACCUGAUAAAAUACAUAAUGAAAUGAAUGCUAGUACCAAACCACCUUCACCUGAAAAGUUAAAGACCGAGAAGGCUAGCAGUGCAGUUGGAGCACCUCCUUCUCCCAGAACUUUGCUUGCUAUACAGGCAGCAAUGUUAGAAAGCAGCUCAGAAGAGGAGCCAGAGGAUGAGGAUAAAAGGCAGCUGAAUUUGGACCAAGCCACUCUCUGCCCCGGUAUAGUUGAAGGCAAUGUAUCACCAAGAACACUACAGGCUGUUCAGCAAGCUCUAAGUGGUGGUGGUGAUGAUGAUGAUGAUGAUGAUGAUGAUGAUGAUGAUGAUGAUGUCAGAGCAGUUAUUACCACUAGUGCUGAUAGAACACGAAUGGAGAUGUCAGGGGUGAAGGAUCUUAUUAGUAGUUCAGAUGAGGAAGAUGAGGUUCCUAAAAUUAAGGAUGGAAAAGAGCCGCUACUUUUACCUACAAUUCUUUCAACAAACACAGUCCUUAUGCAAGAUGGUGAAUCAGACCAAAAAAGUCAGUCAGAUUUUUUUCUAAUCCCUGUACCUAAAGGUGUGUGCACACCUUGUGUUAAAAAUGACUCCUCCGUUGAAAUCAUUAGACUAGAUAAAGAAGAGACAGAAGACGAACAAGAUUACACUGCAAAAAUGGAUUCAAGUUCUCUGCAAGAAAAUAUGAAUAUUUGCAUGCAGAAACCAAUAAGUUCCAAAACAAAGACCACUUCAGUAGCUCUGACUCACUCAGAAACUACAGAAAUUUCCAACAACGGGGAAUCUGAAAAUGUAGAGUGUGUUUUAUCAAAAGCGGAAAAGAAUACUUCUGAGCUACAGCAUUCACUUUCAGUCACUCCAGAAAUAGCAAAUCCUAAUGAGGCAAGAGUGCAAAGGAAAUCACAGUCUGAAGAGAGUGAUUCAGAUGGUAGCUUUAUUGAAGUGGACAGUGAAAUUAGUAAUGACACUGAGUUUCCAGGUGAAAUAUUUAAAACAUCACAUGCUCCCUCUGAACCUGAUGAGACAUUGGCUGUUGAAGCAGCAGCUACAGAACUGGAGAAGGAAGGAGAUGAUGGUGCCACAGAGAACCUCCUUAAAGACGCUGCUGAAGAAGUGCAGUUGACUAUUCAUCAGAAUACUGAAACGGAAAAAGACAGGGAAGAUGCAGUGAAUGAAUGGCAAGAUAUUAGUUUGGAGGAAUUGGAAGCUCUGGAGAACAACCUUUCUGUUGAGCAAAACAUACUUCAGGCUCAAAAACAACAGCAGGAGCGUAUUGCUGCCACUGUAACAGGACAGAUGUUCUUGGAAAGUCAGGAACUUCUCCGUCUGUUUGGUGUUCCUUACAUUGAAGCACCUAUGGAGGCAGAGGCUCAAUGUGCUGUCUUGGAUCUUACUGAUCAGACAUCUGGGACAAUCACUGACGAUAGUGAUAUUUGGCUAUUUGGAGCACGGCAUGUUUAUAAAAAUUUCUUCAGUCAAAACAAGUAUGUGGAAUAUUACCAAUAUGUGGAUAUUCAAAACCAACUAGGGUUAGACAGAAGCAAGUUAAUUAAUUUGGCCUAUUUGCUUGGAAGUGACUACACUGAAGGAAUCCCAUCUGUUGGCUAUGUAACAGCAAUGGAGAUUUUAAAUGAAUUCCCUGGGCCUGGAAUGGAACCUCUCUUAAAAUUCACUGAAUGGUGGACUGAAGUUCAGAAGAAUAAGAAAAUAAGACCCAAUCCACAUGAUACCAAAGUAAAGAAAAAACUGCAGCAACUGCAGCUGAGUCCUGGCUUCCCAAAUCCAGCAGUAGUAAAAGCUUACCUGAAACCUGUGGUGGAUGAGUCAAAGGGGUCAUUCAUCUGGGGAAGGCCUGAUGUAGAACAGAUCAGAGAAUUCUGUCAGAAUUGCUUUGGCUGGACUAGGACAAAGACAGAUGAAGCCCUUUUGCCUGUACUUAAACAGCUGAACUCACAACAGACUCAACUUCGAAUUGAUUCAUUCUUCAGACUAGCACAACAUGAAAAACAAGCCAUUAAGAGCCAGAGACUUCGAAGAGCUGUGACUUGUAUGCGGAGGAAAGAAAAAGAAGCAGCAGCUGAUGAGGCUACUGCUGUUGUAGAAAGAGAAUUUAAACACGGUGAGAAAACUAAAGGAAAAAUAGCUGUCCAAGGCACAACGGAUCGAGCUACUGCAGCACAAAGCCAAAGGGUAAAGAGGAAAAAACAUUCAAAGUCUAAAGAGGAGAGUUUCCAUGGAGGUGGUUUCAUUGGUGAGAUGCAGCUGUCAGAAGCAUCCAGUGGGUCUUCAGGAGAGGAUUCUGAAAGCGAAGUUUUAAGUAAGAGCAAAAGAGGAAAAAUUGUCAAGGAAUCAGCAAUUCAGAAAAACACAGUGAGACAGGAGGAAGACAUGAAUAGUAGCUCAAGUGGUGAGGAUGGGGAUGAAGAAAACACAGUCAUGGUGACUGCCCGAUCUGUGUUUGAGGGCAAAAAAGGGAAAUCAUGGAAUACGAGAGGAAGAAAAAAGAAAAAGUGCUAACUGGUUUUUUUGAUUUAUGAUCAAGUCUUGAUUUGUAAAUACUCUAAUGAAUUCUCUGGUAGAAAAGAAUAAAUGUAAAUUAUCCCUU